AUGUCUGCGAUCACGUCUGUGUUCUUAUUUCUGCUAACUUCCAGUUUGGCUUAUGCCGCGGGGCCAGGGGUCAAGCUUGCGGUCACCAACAACGGGCUCGUUUUUGCCAGCCAAGUUGCUGGGGCUGAACUCAGGAGUAAGCUACAGACACUCAACAUCCCCGACCAGUCAGGAAGUGAGGGCAGCAAGUCUUGGUCUUUAAAAAACAUUCAUAUAAAUGGUAUCACCGGACCAGACGCACACAUCUCGCUGAAUCCCGAGGCAAGCGGGAUCACACUGGGAAUCUCCAACUUCGGCAUAAAUUUGUAUGCAGACUGGAGCGCCAAGUACAGGAUUAUAUUCAAAAUCAGCUCCAGCGGAAGUGUGGAUUUCAGCAUAUCAGGAGCUUCUAUUACCCUGGUAGCUGGACUGGGAGAAAAGAAUGGUCGUCCCUCUGUGUUCGCGAAAUCCUGCAGUUGUAACCUCGGAGACAUCGGCAUCAAGUUCCAUGGAGGAUUGGCAGCGUUGAUCUUGAACAUGUUUAAGGGAGCUGUGCGAAACAAAGUUAGAAGUCUACUUCAAGAUAAGGUGAGUUCAACAACUAUACAUUUGAAUGUGGAGAUUGCUAAGAAGUUUAUCCUGGACUACAGCCUCACUAGUGCUCCCACCGUCACAGGCAACUACAUUGAGGUCGCUACCAAGGGAACCGUCUAUUGGAAAGACAACAGACAGGAGAGUCCAUACACGCCAGCCGUGCUGCCAGAUUUAUCUGAUUUCAGCAACAUGUUGUAUCUGGAUGUGACGGAGUAUUCGGCCAACACUUUCGCCUAUGUGGCACAUGUCAAUGGCUUCCUUAAGUACGCCAUAACUGUGGACAAUCUGAAGGAUCAUUAUCCGGAUUCGAAACUGGAACUUCGAAUCAACUCUUCAAGCGCCCCAAGUGUGAAGUUUGAAAGCCACAAACUGACCAUCGCCGCCGCAGCAACAGUGGAAGUGGCUGCCCACACACCGGACGGAGUGGUGACCCCACUUUUACUAAAAGUAAGCGUGUCAGUGACUGUAGAUCCGUCUGUUGUCAAUGGGAAUUUGACUGGAAGUGUCACCGGAUACACUUUUAACAUUGCUGUCAUCAAAUCGGACAUUGGAGAGAUUAACGAAGCAGAUUUGAACAAGCUCAUCCGUGAAGCCAUUGAUGAGGUGGUUAUCCCUGGAUUAAACGAAUAUUGUAAACAAGGCAUUCCACUACCAGUCACUGGUAUCUUCCGUCUCUACAACGCAAAACUGAACUUGCAGCCAGGCUACCUGCAAAUAGCAACGGAUGUAGAAUAUUUGAAGUAA